CUAUUUUGGGAACAGCAAAAAAGAGUUUUGCUGCUAAUCCUAAAGGCAGACGUUACCACCCACAGUUUGUCCGGUUUUGCUUGUCACUGUAUGCAAAAAGUUCAGCUGGCUACAAGGAACUACAAGAUGUCUUAGUAUUACCAAGUGAAAGAACCCUUAUUAACCAUAAAAAUCUUUUUAAGCCCAAGCCAGGUAUUCACAAUGGUAAAAUAAAGCAGUUGCAAGAUCUAGUCUCAUCUUACUCAGGGUGUAAGAGGUAUGCGACAAUUGUGUUUGAUGAGAUGAAAAUAAAAUCUUCCCUCGUUUUUGAUAAGAACAGUGGUGAAAUUGUUGGAUUCAUGGACCUUGGUGACCCUGAAUUGACUUUUUCUUCAUUUGAAGAUGAUCAACAAAUUGCAACAACAGUUAUUGCAUUCUUA